GAGUCGGCAGCUUCCGGUGUACACUACGGUGUCUGUGUGUGGCCGCUCAUCACAGGCUGUGGAGGACUGUCCGCUAUGUAGACGGCCCUGUGUAUGGAGACCGGCGGGUAUACAGCUCUGUACCGUGACUGCGGGAAUUCCUCUUUGGUGGACGUCAUGAAGUGGAGGAAGUAAAAGCUAUUACGAAGCAUCCAUGAUGUUGAAGCCUUCUUAAGACCUUCAGAGAAGAAAGCAAAGCAUCUUUCCAUUCCUUUCUAUCUUUAAUGUUUAGCCUCAUGGCAAAUUGCUGUAGGAAUUGGUUUAAACGAUGGCGUCAGCCGGUGAGAAAAGUUACCCUGGUUAUGGUGGGUUUGGAUAAUGCUGGCAAAACUGCAACUGUGAAGGGAAUCCAGGGAGAAUCUCCACAAGAUGUGGCCCCGACUGUGGGAUUCUCCAAAGCAGACAUUCGCCAGGGGAGAUUCGACAUCACAAUGUUUGAUCUUGGCGGCGGGAAGCAAAUCCGAGGCAUUUGGAAGAACUAUUACGCCGAGUCCUAUGGGGUGGUGUUUGUUAUUGAUUCCAGCGAUGUCGACAGGAUGGAAGAAACAAAGGAGACUGUGGCCGAGGUUCUGCGGCAUCCUAGGAUCGCAGGGAAACCAGUAUUAGUUUUAGCAAAUAAGCAGGAUCGGGAGGGUGCAAUGGCCGAAGCUGAUAUUAUAGAGUUUCUGUCACUGGAGAAAUUGGUGAAUGACAACAAGUGCUUAUGUCAAAUUGAGCCAUGUUCGGCAGCUCUAGGCUAUGGGAAAAAAAUUGAUUCCCAUAUAAGAAAAGGUCUGAACUGGUUGCUAGAAGUCAUAGCAAAAGAUUUUGAAGCACUUCACGAACGUGUCCAGAAAGAGACUACCGAGCAGCGAGCCCAAGAGGAACAAGAAAAGCAGAAAAUUGCUGAGCGAGUCAAGAGGCUCCGCGAGGAACGAGAAGAACGGGAAAGGGAAGAAGCCGAGCGAGAGGGAAGACAACUGGUUGAUGAAGAUACGUCUGUUCCUAUGGUCAAUCCAUUCCAGCCUAUAUCGGCCGUCAUCACGGAGAAUGAAGGAAAAAUCAGGAAGGAAAAGGAGAAAAAGCGUCAGAAAAUGGUGAAUGGACAAAAUGGCAUAGACAUUGCCCUAGAGCCUAAGGCAGAAGAAGAGAUUGAUUCCAGAAGUGAUGGCAGUGAGAGCGGGCGGGCAUCUCAGGAUGGACAAUUAUUAGAAUCAUACAAAGAUGCUUUGAGCCAGAAGCUGGAGCAGGAUGAUUCAAGUGUAGACCCUUUUGAAGGAAGGGAAUCAGCGCAAAGCAAAAAGAAGACAAAAAAACUCAAAAUGAAAAGAAAUAAAAUAGAACCUUUAAGCGCAGACGAGUCUGAUUUAAAGAGCCCAACGACUCCGCCGCCACAGUUACCCGUUGGCUGGGGAACCCCAAAAGUUUCUAGACUUCCAAAGCUUGAGCCUCUUGGAGAAACACAUCAUAAUGGUAACCGUAGAAUGCCUUUAUCUUCUGUUUCUUCGCAUGCAAACUCCUCCCCAUUCUCCAUGGCAUUGCGCGCUUAUUAACACAUCGCUUUCCUUCAUGUGUAGCGGUUCCAUUAACAGGCAUGGCCAUCUGUCUUUUCAGUCUGUGUACCUCACGUUUCUUUCCUCUUUAGCAGUAAUGAUGUUCUGCAGACACUAACUAACCACAUGAAUCCCAAUGAAGGUAAUGUCAGAAGGUAUUUAAAGGGGUACUCCACCCCUAGACAUCUUAUCCCCUAUCCAAAGGAUAGGGGAUAAGAUGUCUGAUCGCAGGGGUUCUGCCGCUGGGGACCGCCUAUGCAGCACCCAGCGUUCUUUUACAACCUGUGUUCGGGCGGCAGGGUCUUGACAUCUCUGCCACGCCCCUCGUGACGUCACACCACACCCCCUCAAUGCAGGUCUAUGGGAGGGGGCGUGGUGGCCGGCACCCUGCCCCUCCUAUAAACUUGCAUUGAGGGGGUGAGACGUGACGUCACUACCCCGCUGCCCUCUCCAAGCGUUGGGAACAAAAUGUUCCGAACGCUGGGGCAGCAGAGUACCCCUUUUAAAUUUUGCUGUAAUUUCAGAUUUGCAUGGGACUUCUGGCAAAUCUAUCUCCUGAUCGUGAUCGUCUAGAAGCAAUAUGCCAUAUACCUUAGAUGGGGUUGGGGGCUCCACCCUAUAAGCCAGAGUGGAGAGACGCCCUUUGGCUAACCUGGCUAAUACAUGUAAUACUCAUUCCCCCUUAAAUGAUCUUGCUGCAGCAUCUUUUAGAUCUCUGCAUUGUACCGUCCCUCUGUUAUACCUCCCAGGAAAUGUAUCAGUAGACAACCGGUCCUUACCAUUACCCUGGUCAUUGGACGUAGCACUACAGAGUACGGUACAGUCAGCGCUGAUUGUAUGACAUGUGACUUUGUAGGGACACACCCCAUUUACAAGCUAUUUAAAUGUUUCCAGGAGGAAUAACAGAGGGAACAGCACAAUGUAAGAUUGUAAGAUAAGCUUCUGUAGAACUAUUUCAUGGAUAUUGCAGUAUUUCAUAAAAAAUACAGUACUUCAAAGAUGACAGGUCCCCUAAAGAAACUAAAAGAAAAUGGCGGGGGAAAUAAUAAAUCCUUACCCAGUGCUCUCGGUCACAUCACAAGAACGUGGACAUCUGCUGGCUGGGCCUUGGUGUCUGCCACCAUAGGGGACUGGAUAGCAAUAUAUAGUGGUCCCAGAAUAAGGAAGUCUAACUGAUAACCAGAUAAAUAAGCACUACAAAAAUCUAAUAAAAAUAGAUAAAUAAGCACAAUGGGAGCCGAGUAUUUUCAGGUAGAAAAAUAUUUUAUUGCCAGAAAUAAUUUUCCAGUAAACCUUUAUUUUUCUAUAUGGUUUGUUGCACUUUACACUUUAAUAAAUCAGUUUCCAGCCUCUUUGUCUUUUGUGCCUUUCAUUUACCUACAGUCUGUAACACUGACUUAUCAUCUUACUCUCACUCAUGGUUUUACUCACAUGUCCAUAUUACUUGUGUGUUAUAGUGUCAGAUACAGACUUCUGGUCAGAUAUACAAAUAAUUCUAAAUUAUUGCUGUCAUUUAAAACGACUUCUGAUGUUGUUGUUGUUGCACCAGGACUCAUCACUGAGAUCCGCUGGGGCCACCAAGCCCCCUUCAUAUAUCUCUAUGGGAGAGCCGAAGAUAGCCGAACAGCUCUCCUAUAGAGGUAUAUGGAGCAGACGUCGCGGCCCCCACUUCGGGCGGGGGUCAUGACGCGCCACUCCAGGGGAGGGCCGGGGCUCCGUACAGGAGAUUGCAGGGGCCCCAGCACUCGGACCCCCUGCAC